CGGAUACAACAUGACUUUGACGUCUGGUGCAGUGGAAGCAUGUUGCAAGAAGUGGAGGGACUAGACAGCAGUAAAUCGAAUCGCCUAGAUUUGGGCCAUGUGACUGUGGAAAACAGAUGCUCCAGGGUGAAUAACGGACUCUGUUUAUGCUACAUCGCCAUCCUUUGCAAAUAUGCCCCCAGCCGACGGUCCAUAUUCUGUGCGACUGGUGAAUACGAAUUGACCACUCGGUAGAGCCAGCCUCGCACCGUGAAUUAUGGUUUAUUGAUUUUCUCGAUAACUUUCUCGUAUUUGGCGUGUUUUCCGCAAUUGUGUUCACUUUCAGCGACCUGAGCCACUUUUGUCUGCCCUCUGAAGUUAGAGAAUGACCGUCAUGGCUUUGGGUGAUGUGUCGACGGCUGGGCAGGGCCAGAUACGGACUCGCAGCUAUCAGAUGGAGAUGUUCGAACGAAGUAUGAAGGGGAAUGUCAUAGUUGCAAUGGAUACGGGGAGCGGCAAGACGCACAUAGCAUUAUUACGAAUCAUGGCAGAGCUGGAACGGUGUGGUCCAGAUAAACUACUUUGGUUCCUUGCACCAGGAGUCGCCCUCUGCAAUCAGCAGUUUAAAACCAUCUCCAGCCAACUCCCGUCCGUAAGGAUGAGAGUUCUUGUUGGCUCAGAUAACGUUGACCGAUGGAGUGAACAACGUAUUUGGGACGCUGCGUUGCAAGGGGUACGAGUCGUCUUCUCGACUCAUGCCGUCCUCGCAGAUGCUUUGAGCCAUGGAUUUAUAAAGAUGGCACAGUUGGCUCUGCUCGUAUUCGAUGAAGCCCAUCAUUGCACGAAGCAGCAUCCAGCAAACAAGAUCAUGAGAGACUUCUACCAUCCAGCGAAGGCUUCGAAGGCCUCCAAUUCUGUUCCACAUAUCCUUGGACUGUCUGCAAGCCCCGUGGCGAAAUCAAAUAUCAACGACCUUGGAACAAUAGAGGCGAAUCUCGAUGCUGUUAGUGUUACUCCUCGCAUCAACCGUCAAGAGUUGCUCAAGCAUGUCCAUCAGCCAAAGGCCAUAAAGCUGGAAUACGAACAUGCUUUACGGAAACUUUGUGCCUUACAGAGCCCUGCGUAUUGCGCCCUCAUGAAGUUGUGUGAUGUAUUUUCCCCUCUUGAUGAGCUCGGAAAGCAGCUAGAAACAUUCUCUCGGAAAGCAACGCAUAUAUAUGAUGAGCUCGGGCCGUGGGGAGCUGAAUACUUCAUUCUAGAGUCAGUCGCAGUAUUGAAGAAAGGAGGCGAGAUGGAUAGUUUUGGAUACGCUUUCAGUUCUGGAGGUCAGGACCUCAGAGCGCAUCUUCUGGCCAAGCUCGCUCCGAUCGUCCACUCUAGCAAACCAGAAGACGCGACGAAGAUGGAUGACCUGCCCAUCUCGCCAAAGGUUGAGCUUCUCAUCUCGUUCCUUGCCAAGCAAGAUCCCGAAGUGUGUGCCGGUCUGAUCUUCGUGGAGCAGCGCGCUGUAGUUUACGUCUUGUCCCGACUCUUAUCUAUUCAUCCACAGACAAGAUCACGCUUCCGAUGCGCUACGUUCGUUGGCGAAUCUAGCUGGGGCAAGCGUAAACUCAAGUUGAAUGAACUCGUUGAUAUCAAGGCGCAAAAGGAGACGCUAUUAGAGUUUCGGACAGGAGUGAAAAAUUUGGUCGUCGCUACGAAAGCGAUGGAGGAAGGCAUUGAUAUCAGUGCAUGUAACUUGGUGGUUGGCUUUGAUCCCCCCAAAACCCUGAAAUCAUUCAUUCAGUGUCGAGGAAGAGCAAGGCAUGAGGAGUCAAGCUACAUAAUCAUGCUUGCUAAGGGCGAUUCACGAGCUAAAGCGGAUAAAUGGGAGGCUCUCGAGGAAGAGCUCAUUCGAAUCUACCAGAAUGAAGCCAGAAUGCAGCAAGAGCUCGCUGCUAUCGAGGAGAUUGAUGAGAAAAUAGAUUACAAGCUCAAAGCCCCGUCAACUGGUGCGAUGCUCACAGCCAAUUCAAUGAUUGCGCAUGUCCAUCAUUUCUGCAACCUACUUCCUAAAGAACCAUAUGUGGACUACAAGCCCGAGUUCACCUUCCAUGAGGACACCUCGCACCUCAUCACAGCUACUCUAACGCUUCCCAACGGCGUCAACGCCGCAGUGCGUACAACAGUGGGGAAGAAAGCAUGGCGUACCGAGCGUGCGGCGAUGAAAGAUGCUGCGUUCCACGCAUAUGAAAAGCUCUACAAAGCAGAUCUCUUGAACGAAAAUCUUCUGCCUCUCCCGCACGGGUGGCAUCUAACUCAACAUGAUCAGGAAGAGCAAGAUCGUCCUGCAGUGUUGGACGUUUCUCCACAGCUGGAUCCGUGGAUUGACCUCGCAGAGGCGUGGCAAUCCCCCGAUUUCCAUGAGGCGCGAAUCUCGAUCCUGGACCAGACCUCGAACCAGGAGUUGCGAAUGGUAUUGAUAACUCCAUCUGCGAUUCCAGAGAUACCAAGAUUUGACCUAUACUGGAAUCCCCAAUCUACACUUACUGCUGGCAUCGCUAGUAAGGGUCGGAUAGGCCGACUAGAGAAAGAUCCAAGGCAACUACUUUCAUUCAGGGAGGCUACGAAUGCUUGUCAUGCUGCUGCUAGGCGAAGCGACGUAUCACACGAAUACUCGGACUACAUCGCGCUCUUUGCUCCAGAUAUGACGCAGACACAGCUCAGCACGUGGCUACCUCUAUGCCGGGGGUCUAGAAACGCAAUUGACGUUUAUAGAACCGGCGCCGGUAACCCUGACGGGAUUGUUACAGUUGCUGCGAAAGGAUAUGCGAGGUAUAUCCCCAUCCGAUGGAUUGUUUCCUCUGCCAGUGCCUCUGAAAGUGGACCAUCGGAAGAAUCGAUCGAGAUUGAUUGCCGGAGGCUCCCCAAACGCCAAAACUUUUUGUUGCCCGAGCAUAACUGGAAAAGCCAGGCUAUAAAUCCAGGCCUGCAGGAGCGGAAAAUCCGGAUGUUCUCUGCUCACGAAUGCACCAUGGACACAAUUCCCUUCGUUUACGCCCAAUUCGGACUUUUCAUACCUGCAAUUCUGCAACAUAUUGAAGUGUACUCUGUGGCAGAGCGCGUUCGCACAACCGUGCUAAAAUCAAUUCCUUUCCAGGGCCUAGAGCACAUUGUUGCUGCAAUCACCGCCCCUUCGAAGCGAUGGACCUCGAACUAUCAGCGCCUUGAAUUUAUUGGAGAUACGGUGCUCAAAUACACUGUCUCUAUCCAGCUAUACACGGAUCAUCCUACGUGGCCAGAAGGAUAUCUCUCGUCGAAACGAGACUCGCUAGUCUCAAAUUCGAGACUUCUGAAGGCAGCGAAGGCCAAAGGAUUGGAGAGAUUCAUUAUGACCGAGCAGUUCAAAGGCGGGAAGUUCUCUCCACUCCGUGUUUCGGAAGCACUCGAUCCUAUGAAGGCAAAGGAGGGCAGGACAGUGUCCACGAAAGUCAUCGCGGACGUUGUAGAGGCACUUAUUGGCGCUGCAUAUGUCGAAUUUCAGCAUGAUGAGGCACGAAAAUGUAUCAACCUUUUCUUACCGGAAAUCCGCGCGAAGGCCCCGAUCCUGAAAAGACCAGGCGUUCCAGUUUCACCCGGAUCUCAUAGCCAUCUCAACGAAAUUGAAGCUCUCAUCGGCUAUUCAUUCCUCGACAGGUCAAUUUUACUUGAAGCUGUUACUCAUCCAGCGGGCAGCACGGAUGCUCACACCGAGUCGUAUCAGCGGCUGGAGUACCUUGGUGACGCGGUAUUGGAUAUGGUCGUAGUCUCUAUCCUCGAAACGCACGAACCAGAUCUUUCGGAAUCCGAAAUGACACUCUGCAAGCACGCACUUGUGAAUGGCGACUUCUUAGGGUUUCUUUGUUUAGAAACUACCUUGGAACGUGACAAGAUCGAUAUUAUCGAGCACACGCGUGGCAACUUCAUGGAGAAUCGGAGCACAGAUCGAAUUCAGCUUUGCAUGUACAUGCGACAUCGUUCAAAACAAGUCUGGGAGGCACAGGCUGCCUGCUCUGACAGGCACCUCCAUCUUCGAAAGGAGAUCAAGCGAGCUUUGGAGUCGGGUUCUUCAUUUCCGUGGGUGCUGCUGGAAAGGUUAAGGCCAGACAAGUUCUUCUCCGAUAUCAUUGAGAGCAUCAUUGGUGCCAUAUUUGUCGACUCCUCUGGAGACCUUGGCCUUGUUCGGCAGUUCGUCGAGAAGAUCGGGCUGAUGAAUUACACGAACCGACUCAUGAAGGAGAAAGUGGAUGUUCUUCAUCCCAAAACCGCUCUACAUCUUAUGCGGCCAAACGCAACGAUUGACUUGGAAGUCAAACCGGACGAAGGGGAGACGUUGUUUUGCGAAGUCAGUGUUGGUGGCGCGAGGGUGUGUACGGUUAGGAAUUGUUUGAAUAAAGAUGAAGCAAAAGCUGCUGGGGCUGAGCAAGCCUGCAAAAUCCUGGCAUCAGAGUCUAUGGAAGGGAUUCAGAUGGCGAAUGAUGAUGAUGCCAUCGCGGGGGCAGAAUGAGUGGUGCAGAUACGUGGGUUAGUUGGACACCAAAUUUGCAGAUAACCAUUCGAGAGGAAUACAGUACAACGUUGCGUCUCCUGC